AUGGGAAAACUGUUAAAUUUAGAACCUGUUAGGAAUGCUAACAACAUAUUUGCAUUACGUAAGUUGUAUGAUGAUAUCGAAAUACAGAUAAGAAGUUUAAAAUCACUUAAUGUAACUUCUGGCACAUAUGGCACGUUAUUGACACCAGUUUUAUUAAAAUUAAUUCCGAAUGAACUGAAUCUUGAUUUCCAAAGAAAAAGGAAAUCGAAAGAUAAUUUCGAUGUAAACGAAUUAUUAGAGUUCUUGAAAACGGAAAUUGAGUGCCGCGAAUCCAUGCUACAAAUUCAAGAUAAAAUAAACAACCAUAAUUCGAGCCACUUUCCUAAAGAAAAAAGAAUAAAUAAAAUUUCUAUUCCAACGGCUGCUGUGUUAAAGGUUUCAAUUAACAGCUGCAUAUUUUGCGAGGAUUCAGAAAAAGAAAAACAUACUUCCGAAGCUUGCCCGAAGUCUGUAACAGACAGAAAGGCGUCACUUCGGAAACUCGGAAUGUGUUAUUUAUGCCUUAAAAGGGGUAACCAUUUGGCAAAAAAUUGCUUUUCGAAGAUAAAGUGUGAUUCAUGUGGGUGGAAACACAACAGUUUAAUCUGUGACAGAAAUAGUUUAGAUGAGAAAAAAUCAAAUAAGAAGGAUCUCAAUUUGACGAACAAAUCAUGUUUAGAGAAAGUUUUAUUACAAACUUUAGUUGUAAGAGUGCGUGGCAAUGGUCCAGAAAAAUACUGCCGCUGUUUAAUUGAUUCUGGGAGUCAACGAAGCUAUGUAUCUAAAUUCUUAGCUAAUGCUAUGCAGUACGAAUGUAUUAACGAAAGCAGUGUGAUUCAUAGUCUGUUCGGAGGAACUGAAGUGGUUGAAACUCAUAAACAGUUCGUUGUACGUUUAAGUAGUAUCAAAAACGAUUAUCAGUGUAACUUCAAAGCUUUUGAUCAAGCGAAUAUUUGUUCUGAUAUUCCACAAUUGAACAUCAAGCCUUAUUUAAAUGAGUUAAAAACCCAUAACAUAUUUUUGAAUGAUGUUGAAGGUAGGCAUAAAAAAUUGUUGUUCGAGCAUUCUCCUUCUGAAAUUCAUAUCCUCAUAGGCGCAGACAUAGCGGGAAAAUUGCUUACAGGGAAAAUAAAGAAGUUAGAAUGUGGAUUAGUUUGCAUUGAAACUUAUUUAGGCUGGAGUAUCAUGGGGAAAAUUCCCGUAGAAAUGGAAAAUAAAUAUGAUUGUUCUUAUGCAUUUUCUAUGUUAGUAUCAGAUAGUAAAAUUUCUGAUUUAUGGAAACUUGAUACUCUUGGGAUAUUAGACCCUUCAGAAAGUCAAACUAAAAGGGAAUUAGAAAAACAAACAAUGACACAUUUUCUUUCCAAUGUGAAAAGAGAUGAAGAAGGAAGGUUUCAAGUUUGUUUACCUUGGAUUGAAAAUCGUUCCCUACUUCCAAACUAUCGAGAAAUAGCAGAAAAAGAGAUUAAAGAGCACAGUGAAGAAUUUAAGGGAUGGGGGAUUUUUAGAAGAUUAUAA